AAACGCACGGGCUUUCCAAGCGCGCAUAGCCGAGCUGUCACCAUUGUCCUCCUGCAAUGCACAUGCUCCAUCGAGCACAUUGAAAACACAUGGAUGUCGACGGCAGAACAUCUCCGCGAUGAGGGAACGCGGAUCCAAGUCGUCCUCGCCGGCGCCGUAGCAGGCUUGAUCUCACGCUUCUGCAUUGCACCUCUGGAUGUAGUCAAGAUCAGGUUGCAGCUGCAUUACCACUCUCUCGCCGAUCCUCUGUCGCAGCCAUUUCGAACACAGACGCCCACGGGAGUUGCGAUUGUAGUUCGCGACAUUUGGAAGCAUGAAGGCAUCACGGGGUUCUGGAAGGGCAACAUUCCAGCCGAGGGACUAUACCUGAGCUAUGGCGCUGUGCAGUUCUUGACAUAUCGGAGUACAUCACAAUUCUUGGAUAAGGUUGCAGAGCAGUCGGGCGUGAGCAUUCCCGGUUCUGCGAAGAGCUUCAUCAGUGGUGCUGUAGCAGGGACUGCGGCCACGACCACCACAUAUCCUCUGGACCUGCUGCGAACUCGAUUUGCUGCACAAGGCACCGAGAGAGUCUACGAUGGGCUGCUUGGGAGUGUGCGCGAUAUUGUGCGCUACGAAGGAUAUGCUGGGUUCUUCAAAGGCUUGAAUGCUGGCGUUGGUCAGGUCGUGCCAUAUAUGGGACUCUUCUUUGCUCUCUAUGAGGGUCUCAAGCCGCCUCUUGCAGCUGUACAGCUGCCUUUUGGCUCUGGCGAUGCAGUGGCUGGGGUGAUGGCGAGCGUGCUCAGCAAGAGCGCAGUCUUCCCACUGGACACUGUGAGGAAAAGAUUGCAGGUGCAAGGGCCAAGUCGAAGCAAGUAUGUUGGAGGCAGAGUGCCAGUCUAUGAUAGGGGUGUCAUCAACACAAUUAGGAUGAUCCUGAGGAAAGAGGGCGCCAUUGGUCUUUACAGAGGGCUGACCGUGAGUCUGGUGAAGGCGGCGCCGUCUAGUGCAGUGACUAUGUGGGCUUAUGAGAGGGCUUUGCACAUGAUCAUGGCUGCACAAAGCCAGAAGAAUGGUCAGUAAAGGCAAAUAUGGAGGCUGGGCGAGGAGCAUGGCAGAUCGAAUUUCAAAGGCGGUGUUUGAUGUUUGCACAACACUGUUGCCCUUCUUCGCUCGUAAUCGAAAGUGUUAUUGGAAUGGCGCCUCGUAGCAAACAAUAGAUGGGGUUGGAUCUUGCCAUUAAUAGGGCAGAAGUGCUAGCUUUUUGAACGGAGAAGAUAGAGGUAUAAUGCAAAGAAUCGAUAGGUCAUUCUAAUGUUGCUACUAGGCGAGUCUUGGGCCGUCUCACAGGUUCAAGGGUCGCGGAUAAAGAAAUUGAGAGACUUCACGCCCGGGAUGAUAUUGACCCCGAAGGGCACCCUGAAGGUCUGGCACCUCUUAAAGGUCAAAACGUAAAGCUAGAACCGCCCACAAUGCAGUAGAGAACGCUGAGUUUGUCUGAGAACGUUGGGGUGCCGAUAUACCGGGUACUUUCACUCCACCACGCCAUAUCUCGACCAAAAAUGAUCCGACCACCAUUAUUUCUUCUGCUAUGCUCUCUUUUGAGUGCAAAAAAGCGAUGAUGAGAGGGGGAUUCGAACCCCCGCGGGCAGAGCCCAUGAGAAUACUCAACGACUGGGUCGAAGAAGCUUAGUAGCUUGAGUCACACCUGAGAUAGGAUGUCAAUUUCGAAGCUGAAGAUGAUACUUUGAGAGCAACUUACGCCAUAACCACUCGGCCAUCUCACCCUCAGAACAAGCUCGUUUCGAGCUGU